AUGUGCAGAUUGAUAAAUAUUGAAAAUAUUUUUUUGAUUUUCUUGAUUUACAUGCUGAAGAUUUUUUGCCGCGUCUUCAAAUUUGUGAAGCAGAAACUGGGAAAGGGAGCGAAAAAUGGAGGGUCUUCAGAGGACGCUGUGAUUGGGAAAAAUGGAACCAAAAUGUGUAUCGAAUCUGUCGAGGAGCGAUCCCCUUGUGAGGGAAGCUGUUUGGGGGGAAAUUACAAACGGGGCAGCAGUAGUAGUGCCACUACAAUAGCUAUCACCACUGCUAAUACGGCCACUGUGACUGUCCCCUCGAACCAACCUUUUGCCCCCAUAUGGGAAGCGCUGAUCCAGGCCAAGUCCCUCGAGGGAGCGCCCUUCGAAGUCUUCCUGGAGUUGCUGAUCUACUUGGUGAAAAAUAAAGACAAAGACAAUUUUAACAACGCAGUUAUUAACAUCCUGCAGAGGGGAGAAGCAAACCGCAGGGCAAAGAAAAAAAGGAAGAAAACUACUACCGAUGUUGGCAAAAGGAAGAGGCAACUGUUUGGGGAAGACCCAGAAUUGGACAUCCUAAACAUGCUGACGAAUAACUACGAAGCCUAUUACGAAUUAGUGCUAAUCCAUUUCGUGCAUCUGUUCGAAUUGUAUGUAGAAAAAAAAAAAUAUUUCAACGGCAUCAUAAAAAAUAUCUACAGGUGUAUCCUAAAUGUGGACUUAAAUAAAAACGAUGGACUUUUAAAUACUCUUUUGAUAAAAAUUUUGACACAUUUUAUUUGUCACGAUGAUAAUAUAGACUCUUACAUCUUCAGUUAUGUCACGAAAUUGUACCAGGCAUACUCCACACAGAUCCUACAGGAACAAUAUUUGUGUAUCGUUUUUUCCACGUUUCUAAAAAGUGUCAUUUUGUCUUAUAUCAAAAUUGAAGAUAAUAAUUCAUAUGUGAUGAAGGAUGUGAUUAAUGCGACGAAAGAAAGCAAAAUGGUCAAAGUGGGGGAGACUUACCUCUCUAGUAAUUUAAGUGCAGGCUCUUUAUGUAGCAGCACCUUUUUGGAUACUCCAAGUAGCACACGCAGUUGGAGCCUUUUCGCAGCUAAAGGGAGAGGCACAAAAAAUUUCAAUCCCAAGAAAGCCAUUUUCACGCUCGCAAACUUCCGAACGUUGGAUUUAUGCCAACCGCUCAGCUUUUUAGGACGACGGAUGAGGAGAAGCCCCUGUAGAGGAAUCAAACUUAGUGAACUUGACAAGCGCGCAAGAAGGGGUAAAUUGGAAAAAUAUUUCAGCAGUGGCAUACGAAGCUGCACACCGGGUAAGAUAAACCAUGUGGAUAGACUAGCGAAUGGUAAACUGUUUGAACAAAAAAAGGGAAAGAUUCAAGAAUUCUUCGAUACCUACCUGAACAUGUUGAAGAUAAUUCCACACGAUAACAAAGUGUUCGUGCAGGUUUUGAGAAACUUCAACGUGGUGGUACGAAAAAUGCACACGCGAGUGAACCUGUGCAGGAUUAGGGACUGCCUGGAUGUCGUGUUGGCCUACAUACUCAAGGCGGAGAACGCGAACACGUACCGAUUCGAAAUUGAGCGUGUGGGGGGUGUUAUAGGACUGUUUAACAACCUGUUGAGGAUUCUGCAGAAGGGGGGAAUGCGAAGCGGAAGGAAAGGGAGCACCAAGAAGGGGGUCAAAAAAAGACACAGACUACUACCCACCUGUAAGAAGCGCUCCACGGAGAAGAAACUGACCUCCUCACAGAGACAAACGUUUUUCGAAGUCGAGAGCCAAGUACUGAACAUAUUCGAAAUUUUCCUAAACUGUUAUGAAAAGAAAACGGACCGACGUCUGUUCAACACGAUUAACAUCAUGUUCCGUUUGGUGAAGAAGAACAAGUUGGAAAAUUUUAUGAACAAAAUAUCGAUACUGAUACAGAGGAACAUAUUUUUGGAAAACGAUAGGAAUAAAAUUCAAGUCGCAAUAAACUGCGUGUAUAAAUUGCUGAAGAAAAAGGUUCAAGUUCCUUUAAGCGACAAUUUUGAUUAUAACCUGUUGGUGAUUUAUAACCACCACAGUGAGGAGAAGAUGAAUAAAUGCUUCACAAAUUUGCUGAAAAUGAGGAUACUGACGUACGGCUUUUAUAAUGUUAACCAAUGGACAAAAUUAUUUGAGAGGAUUUUAAAUUCUAAAAAUAUGUUCCUGUACGAUCUCAUAAAGUAUCGGUCCAAGGGAAGGUACGCCAAGUAUGAAAGUCAUGAUUGUAAUAAAAAAUUGGAUGAACAGGAUGGCACGAAGGAAAAUAAUUUACUAACCAAUGAGAAACAACCAAACGAGGAACUGAAGAGCUGCUCCACCUUCUACACCUCAUUGUUUAGCAAGCAUUUUUCCCACCAUAGGCACAUAAAUUUAAAAGAAGAAAAUGAGCAAAAGGGGGGAAACAAGGCUAUGUACUUUUUUAACGUUUUCAAAUUGAAGCAAAGUGAUUUCACCUUCUCCUUUGACACGAAAUAUUUGGUAAUGAAAUUGUUGUUAUUAUUUUUAAAAACUGUUAGUCUUUCCCCCCUUGUGUGUGUGCACAACGAUGCUUACUAUGUGAGCUACGUGAAGAAGCGCCUGAAGAAGGGGAACCUGAGCGGGGGGGUGCCAACCAACGGCCAGGAAAAAACUGCGGGCGGUAGGAUUCGUGAUGCUGGGAAAUUGAAGGGAGCUGCGCCAGAAAGGUACAUCAAGAAAGGGUCCCCAAGUAGCAGCGGGAGAGGUAGCAUUGGGAGAAGUAGCAUUGGGAGAAGUAGCAUCGGGAGAAGUAGCAUCGGGAGAAGUAGCAUCGGGAGAAGUAGCAUCGGGAGAGGUAGCAUCGGGAGAGGUAGCAGCGCGUGCACGCGAAGAAGCCGCGGCAGUGACAGCAGCUGUAGUGACCUCGGGCCAUCUCAUCAAGCUAGCGCAUGGAAUAAAAUGAACAAAACGGCAUAUAUCCCCCCACAUGACGACUUCUGCUUGAGAGAAGGGAACCACAAAAUGAAGGACCAAAUCAGUUACAUCGAAGAUAUGCUCAUUCGUAGGAGGUGUACCAAAGGGGAGACCCCCAAAUGGGAAUCCACAUAUAACAACAUAGACAUAGAAAAUAUCCUGGACAAAUUUUCCAUGUAUGAUAAUUUCGAACCAAUGUUAAAAAUUAUAUUGCACAAUAUAAAUCAUGGAAUCAGGUUUGAGAAGUUGUCUAGACUAGCCAUAAAAGCUUUGAUUCGAUUGUUAAAAAUUUUUAAGAGCUCCAAAAUAAUUUUGGAUGAAUUAUCUAGUACCCAUGAAAUUAUGCUGUUGACAAAUUACGAAAUUAAUAUUUUUACGUCCUUGAAAAUGUACUAUGAAUCGUUUCAUUUUUUGUAUUUUAGCUACCUAGAUGGCCAUCCUCCAGAGGGGGAUAAUCCUGAAGUGAUGGGAGAUAAACCCAAUGAGUAUCUUCAAUUUUCUCACUUUUUUCUGUACCCACUGAUGAGGGUAUACAAUUUAUUUCUAUUCCUAAACGAAAUUGGGUUGUGCAACUCGCACUCAAAAUUUGUUGGAUACUUUUUUUAUUUUGCCAUGAAGGGAGGUCAUUCCGUUAGGGAAGAAAUCACGGAAUGUACAGGAUAUGAUCGGGAAAAAUCCGACAUGAUUAACAGGGAUGUUUCCAUGAAUGGACAUCACGCUUCUAAUGGGGAUGAUCCCUCACAUGUAGGGGGAAGGAAGAAAAUCCCUACAAUAAACUCGUCGCUGUUCUUCUCAGAAUUCGACUCCUGCGUGUAUUACCUCUUUUCAUACAAAUCAUUCUGCCUCUACGUAAUAAAUAGAGAGAAGGCCCAACUGAAUCUUGGCAUCUUUAACAUAAAAACAGUGGUAAAGAAUAUUAGCUACAUUUUGUAUGACACGAUUGUUCUGUACUUUUGGUCAUUUGGACAUAACAUAGGAGAAGGAGGAGAGGACUGCCAAGAUGAAGUGGUUCACAAAUUUUUUACCUGUAUGAACGAAAAGGCAAGAAGCUUGUCCAUUUUUUAUUUCAGUGCAUUUGCAAUAUUUUUGCAAUUUUUAAACGUCAUAAGGAGGAGCAACGACCUUGUCAUAAGUGCCAAGAAUUGUACGCUCUUCAAAACAUUAAUAUAUUUUUUGUGCUACCAUUUGAAGGAACACAAAGACAGAUUAAAAGAAGAAACGAAGGAGAUAUACUUUGCGUUCAUUUUUGGGUACUUAACUUUGACUGGAUUUUUUUCACAUUUGUCCCACCAAGUGAUCAAUUCCAUUUCGGAGCAGGGGGACAUCACAUGGAGCGAGACGCAGUUCUCCACUUCAGUAACCACAGUAGGGGGGGAGAAAAAAUCUCAUAGGAUUGAGAACUCAAGCAAAAGUAACGGCGGUGGAGACAUGUCUAAACCGUUGUCUCUUCCCAGUGCAACGGCGCAGAGUUUUUACGACGCGUCAACGACCCCUUUUUUAAAAACCGUUUUGGAUUACGUUCUGAAACAUUUGGUAACCUUGGUGAACGAAAAGGUUUUACCAAGCGUGCUCGAAUUUGUCUCUGUCGCGCAUGAGCAUUUCGCAAAUGUGCAAAGUGCAGGGGGGACCCACCACAGCGUGCUGAGAAAAGUAUUCACGUUGCAUUUAUUCGUAUUGGGUAAGUUUUUGACAAAGCAGCGUUACGGUGAUAAAAGCGGAGGUGCUGCCUGCAGAGGUGGGCACGAUGGAGAAAUGCUAACCCGGCUGUGGAACUCCGUGCUCAGCUGCUACACCCUCCUGGAGAAGUUAGAAGGGGCGCAGCUGGAAGAGGGAAAGGCGGCAGAGGGAAAAGCGGCAGAGGGAAAAGCGGCAGAUGCAAAGGUGACAGAUGCAAAGGCGGCAGAUGCAAAAGAGUCCGAGGCAAAAGAGCCCGAUGCAGAAGAGCCCGAGGCAAAAGAGCCCGAGGCAGAAGAGCCCCAGGCAGAAGCGACCGUGGCGAAGGCGACCGAAGCCAAGCUGGCGCACAAAAUAAAAACGCUGCUGCAGGCACUGUUCCUCCAGAAGAUAAACCUCCUGAAGGAGGAAAAGCUGAGCACCAGGCUGCUGAAGUUGUUCUUUCAAAACUGCAGCGAAAGUGAUGUGCAGAAUUACCUAAGCCAUAUGAAAAGCUACAAAGGGAAAAUGACCAAAAUGGUGAAGGACCAGGAUUUGCCGCGCUUAAAACUAUUUUAUAUAAAGGUAAUAAUUUUUAUACAUUAUAUCAACACAACAGACAUGAUAAAUGGAAGGAGCAAGGUGCAUUACACACAAGAAAUAUUGCAGGUGUUUAUCGCCGCCUCACAUAGGAUGAAAAUGGCAUACCACGACAUGGGCAUAGAAAUGAGGCGAACAAAUAUAAGCUCCAAAAAAAAAGAAGAAAAAAACGGGCAUACAAAGAACCAAAUUAUACACUCCUUUUUAAAUGUCAUAAAGAAUAUAUUUACCCUUUUACUAAAGAGGGAAGAUUCAAUCAUUUUUUAUUUUACACACAAUUUGAUAAAAAACGACAUGCUGCCCAUCCUCAUGGUUAACCAUCCCACGGAUAAUGUGCACUACGAAGAAUUGAUACCACCUAAUUCGUUCGAGGAAGAUAUUAUUACCUACCCCGUCAAAAUUUUAAACUCCUUUUUUGACACCUUCAUCAGUAGAGAGGCACUCGUGAGGGAGAUUCUUAUUCCUUACAUCACCUUUGUUCACCAAGUUUGCCGUUUAUGUGAUGCCAACAGGAUUGACAUUACAAAGUCUUUCUUGACAUUCGAAGCAGAUGAAGACAAAGCGAUUAACCUGUUAAGUCUGGCACACGGGGGGUUGGCUGAUGAGCGUUUGGCUGAUGAGCGAUUGGCUGACGAGCGUUUGGCUGACGAGCGUUUAGCUGACGAGCGUUUAGCUGACGAGCGUUUGGCUGACGAGCGUUUGGCUGACGAGCGUUUGGCUGACGGGGGUUCGUGCCCACAGAACCGUUUCCCCCGCGCAGCAGUGGUAGGCACGAGAAGUGGCACCGUGACAGUAUAUUUCAAAGAAGUAACAAACGUUUUUAGAAAUAUCGCCUUUAAGAAUGCCUCGUUUUUUAAGCACAUCCUGGCGGACAUCAGUGCGGAGGAGAAAGUCAUGGUGUAUAACCUGAUCAAAGAGGCGAUUUCUGUGGAGAGGCAGACGGAACAGCGCAGUAAGCAGGAGGAGGAGAAGCUGGACUUCAGCUUUGUGAAUUAG